GUUUUACCUGCCUGGCUGGGAGCAGGCGGAGCUCACCUGGGGGACGAGGCGCGCGCUUCGAUCGGCCAACAAAACGUCCGGCCGGCGUCCAACUUUUCUUUUUCUUUUUUUCUUUCUUCACCUUGUGAGAUAUUAAUGCAAAGACUUGAGGCUGACUUUGGAUAAAUAAUUAACGUGACAUGAGGAGCUGAGCCGAGCGGCGGAGCGCGCCUCCACCGCCCAACUCUGACAGGAACAAAACACGACCCGCAGCGGGCCCACAGGUGUGUUUGGUCCUGUGUGUUUUUCAUGUCAUUUGAAGAGGACCCACUCGGCUGUGAUCAUGCUGGGAGCGGAGAGCAGGCUGGAGGUCCGGCUGAAGAAGCUGGAGGCGCUGAUGAGGAAUCCGCAGUCGGCGCUGAACCUGGAAACUCUGCUGGAUUCCAUCAGCGCGCUGGCUCAUGACUUGAACUAUCCUGCCCUGCGGAAGAACAAGAACAUAGAGUCGUUUCUGAACAGAUAUGAGAAAGCGGCGAGCCAGCUGCGAGAGCUGCAGGUGAAGCUGGAGGACUUCGAUAGGGUGAAGCUGAUCGGGAGAGGGGCCUACGGAGAAGUGCAGCUGGUCCGUCACAAGGCCUCGCAGAAGGUCUACGCCAUGAAGCAGCUCAGCAAGUUCGAGAUGAUCAAGCGGUCCGACUCGGCCUUCUUCUGGGAGGAGAGGCACAUCAUGGCCUUCUCCAACAGCCCCUGGGUCGUCCAGCUCUGCUGCGCCUUCCAAGAUGAUCGCCACCUCUACAUGGUGAUGGAGUUCAUGCCCGGCGGAGACCUGGUCACGCUCACCAUGAACUACGACAUCCCUGAGAAGUGGGCUCGCUUCUACACGGCCGAGGUGGUGCUGGCGCUCAACGCCAUCCACUCCAUGGGCUUCAUCCACCGCGACGUCAAACCCGACAACAUGCUGCUGGACCAGCACGGACACCUCAAACUGGCCGACUUCGGCACCUGCAUGAAGAUGGACUCGACGGGCAUGGUGCACUGUGACACCGCUGUAGGGACACCGGACUACAUCUCCCCCGAGGUGCUGCAGUCUCAGGGUGGAGACGGUUACUACGGCCGCGAGUGUGACUGGUGGUCUGUCGGAGUGUUUAUCUACGAGCUGCUGGUUGGUGAAACUCCUUUCUACGCCGAGUCCCUGGUCGGAACCUAUGGGAAGAUCAUGAACCACCAGAACUCGCUCGUCUUCCCCGACGACGUGGAAAUGUCUCAGGACGCCAAAGACCUCAUCUGCGCCUUUCUCACUGACAGGAAGGUCCGGCUGGGCCGCACCGGAGUGGACGACAUCAAGCGUCACCCCUUCUUCAAGAACAGCCACUGGACCUUCGACAACAUCCGCGAGACUGUGGCCCCAGUUGUGCCAGAGCUGAGCAGUGACAUAGACACCAGUAACUUUGAUGACAUAGAGAAUGAUAAAGGAGAUGCUGAGACCUUCCCUCCGCCCAGAGCCUUCGUGGGCAACCAGCUACCAUUUAUCGGCUUUACUUACUUCAAGGAGGAUCAACUGCUGAAGGGAAACAACAGCUGCUCUGUGGAGGAGUCCGAGGACGGCAAGGAAAGCUCGGAGGAGAAGGAGGAUUGUUCGGACAGUAGGAAAGAGCUGCAGAAAAAGCUUCAUCAGCUGGAGGAGCAGCUCGACCAUGAGAUGCAGGCCAAAGAUGAGCUGGAGCACAAGUGCAAAAACGCCACCAACCGUUUAGACAAGCUGGUCAAAGAGCUGGACAAGGAGAUGAACAGCAGGCAGAGAGUGGAGGCCUCGCUCAGGCAGCUGGAGAGAGAACGAGCUCUGCUGCAGCACCAGAGCGCCGAGAAUCUGCGCAAGGUGGAGAUCGAAGCCGACAGGAAACGCGGCCUGGAGAACGAAUUGAACAAUCUGAGGGACCAGCUGGAGGAUCUGAGGAAGAGGAACCAGAAUUCACAGAUCUCCAAUGAGAAGAACAUCCAGCUGCAAAAACAACUCGAGGAGGCCAAUACGAUGCUUCAGGCUGAGCAGGAGGGAGUCGGGCGGCUGAAGAAGAGCCAGUCUGAGGUGCAAAAACAAGCCCAGAGCCUCGAGGUCAGCCUCAGGGAGAUGCAGGAAAAGUGCAGCCAGCUGGAAAACAGCAAGAUGGAGCUGGAGAAGCAGCUGAGGGGGCUGCAGGCCGAGCUGGAGGAGGAGAAAAGAGACCGCAACCUUGGGACAGAAACUAUUACUGACCUGCAGGGACGUAUCUCUGGCCUGGAAGAAGAGGUGAAAGAGGUGAAGUCGUCUCUCUCUAAGGUCAAGACUGACAAGAAGGCGCUCCAGCAGAAGCUCACUGACCUCGAGAAGGAAAAAAGCAACCAAGAGAUCGACCUGACGUUCAAGCUGAAGUCGCUGCAGCAGAGUCUGGAGCAGGAGGAGGCCGAACACAAAGCCACCAAAGCCAAGCUCGCCGACAAAGACACCAUCUACGAGUCCAUCGAGGAGGCAAAGUCUGCGGCCUUGAAAGAGAUGGAGGCCACGCUGCAGGAGGAGCACAGCCUGAAGCUGCAGGUGGAGGGGAAGCUGCUGCAGCUGGAGAAGGAUCACUCCAUGCUGGACUGCGACUACAAGCAGGCGCUGCAAAAGCUGGACCAGCUGCAGGCCCAGAAGGAGAAACUUUCCGAGGAGGUGAAGCAUCUCACCUUACGCCUGGACGACGAGAUCCACAAGCGGAGUUUGAGCCAGAGCGAUCUGAAGAUGCAGAACCAGCAGGUGUCCGUGCUCCGGUCCUCAGAGAAACAACUCAAACAGGAGCUCAACCACCUGCUGGACCUGAAGCAGGUCCUGGAGAAGCAGAACAAGGAGCUGCGCAGGGAGAAGCAGGAGGCUGACGGCCAGUGGAAGGAGCUGAAGGACCAACUGGAGGCAGAGCAGUAUUUCACAACCCUUUAUAAGACGCAGAUCCGUGAGCUGAAGGAUGAGCGCGACGAGAGGAACAAGCUGUACAAAGAGCUGCAGCAGCGACUGGUGGAAUACCAGGAGGAAAGGGAUUCGCUGACGUCUCAGCUGGAGGCCAGUUUGACCAAAGCCGACUCGGAGCAGCUGGCUCGCUCCAUCGCCGAGGAGCAGUACUCGGACCUGGAGAAGGAGAAGAUCAUGAAGGAGCUGGAGAUCAAGGACAUGAUGGCGAGACACAAGCAGGAGCUCGGCGACAAGGAGGCCACCAUCAGCUCGCUGGAGGAGUCCAAUCGCACCCUGACGGUGGACGUCGGCAACCUGGCCAGCGAGAAGGAGGAGCUCAACAACCAGCUGAAAGAAAUGCAGCAACAGCUCCAGAAAGCCAAGGAGGAGGAGAAGAAGAUGAACUCUCUGAAACUGUCCUUUGAGAAGCAGCUGCAGAAUGAAAGGACACUAAAAAUUCAGGCUGUAAACAAGCUGGCGGAGGUGAUGAACAGGAGGGAGACGGUGCGGGGAGGCCACCGGAGCAUCGACACCGAGGUGCACAGAAAGGAGAAGGAGAACCGGAAGCUGCAGCUGGAGCUGAGAGCCGAGAAGGAGAAGCUCAACAGCACCAUCAUCAAAUACCAGAAGGAGCUGACGGAGAUGCAGGCGCUGAUAGCAGAAGAGAACCAGGUGCGUCUGGAGCUUCAGAUGGCGUUGGACAGCAAAGACAGCGACCUGGAGCAGCUCCGUUGCCAGCUCACCUCCCUCAGCGUUCACUCUCUGGAGUCCACCAGCAUCAGCAGCGGCAACGACCUGGACAUGGGCGAGGGAUACCCAGUGCGCAUUACUCACUCUCACACCUCAGAAUCAAUGUCCUUCACCUACCAGCGCACGCACAAGUCCGUGUGCAUCGACACCAGGCCCAACCUUCGCUCUGCUCUCUUUGACUCCGACUCUGAGGAGGAAGUAGAGGAGUGUGACGGGCAGGAGGAGGAGGAGGAGGGCCGACGUCCGCUGGCCCUGACCUAUGAGCAGCCCUCUGAGCCCGAGUCUGGAGACUCCCGGCUGGAGGGCUGGAUUUCACUUCCUACCAAGAACACCAAGCGGUUCGGCUGGGACAAAAAAUACGUGGUGGUGAGCAGUAAGAAGAUCCUGUUCUAUAACAGCGAGCUGGACCGAGAGCAAGCCAACCCCUUCAUGACCCUGGACAUCGAGUGAGUCAUCCGAACGUGGAGCUGCUGAACUAGUCGAGCUGCUGAGGCUGAAGGGAAGCAGACGCUUAAUGAGAAAGUAUUGGACAAGCUACAGUUUGGAUAAAAACCUGCUGAGAUGAUUAGAAUUUAUCACCAGCGAACACAAAUGUGUGCAGCAGACUUU